CCAGUUCUCAAGUCGCAGUUUGAGUAGAACUGUAGCAAUGGGCAAGAAGGGUAAGAAAGGAGCCGCCAAGGGCAAACCAGCCUCUUCCAGCGGCAGUAAGAAGGUCCACCAGAAGCACAAGACGCAGCAGGUUGCAGACGUAUCAAAAUCGCAGCAGAAGCAGCAGCAGAGCCAUGGCAAAGGCAAGAAGUCUAAAGCUCUGACACCUGCCGAGCGACUGGCCGAGAUGCGCCGCAAAAUUGACGGCGGCAAGUUCCGCAUGCUCAACGAGCAGCUGUACACAACCACUGGAGACGAUGCUUUCUCUACGUUCCAGGACGACCCGGAGCUCUUCGAUGUGUACCACCAGGGCUUCCGCGAGAUGGCAGACAAGUGGCCCACCAAUCCACUCGACACCUUCAUCGACUUCGUAAAACGCCACCCGAAGGCUGUGGUCGCUGAUUUUGGCUGUGGAGAUGCGAGAUUGGCGGAAAGCGUGCCGAAUAAAGUGCACUCGUUCGACUUGGUGUCCAGAAAACCCAUUGUGACGGCGUGCAAUAUUGCUGAUGUUCCUUUGAAGGACAGUAGUGUGGAUAUUGGCGUUUACUGCUUGGCGCUCAUGGGGACGAGUGUUCGUGAAUAUGUGCGGGAAGUGUACCGUGUGUUGAAGCCUGGAGGCGUGCUGAAGGUCGCUGAAGUCAAGAGCCGCUUCGAGAGUGAAUCGCUCGGAGGGAUUGAAGGAUUCGUGCAGACUUUGCGUAAAAUGGGCUUCGACUGUAAGCACAAGGACGAGCGCAACAAGAUGUUCGUGCUGUUUGAGUUUGUCAAAUCGACGCGCAGACCGCAGAACGUGGGGCCGAUUGAGUUCAAAGCGUGCGAGUACAAGCGGCGAUAGGGGAGACCUCACUCACAUCAAAAAAUGACAUUUCGUUUAGAAAUUCGCAAUAAAUAGAAACGAUACAGCUUUUCUAAUCUACUGCUCCAAUUGCAGUGUCUGCAACUCCUCCGAAUCAGA